AUGGGGAACCUGCUCUCCUGCCAAGCUGCCGAUGGCUUUGACGGCAAGGUCGUGCUCUCCGACGGCACGGUCCACGAGUUCGACCACCCAACGCUGGUGGCGGAGCUCAUGCUGGAGCACCCCCACCAGUUCGUGGUCGACGUGCGGUCGCUGUCCGCGGGCAACUCCAAGGCAGCGCCGCUUCCCGCCGACUACAUGCUGGAGCCCGACAAGGUCUACGUGAUGCUCCCCGUGGCCAGAGGGAAGGCCGCCCGCUUGUCAGCCGACGAGGCCCGCCGGGUCCUGGCAUUGGCGAGCCGGUUGAGACUGAAGCAGCGGUCAGCGUCGGCGGCGCCGUUCCUGAGGGUGCUCGGAGCGCGCACGGAGGCACCGGCGGAGGAGAAAGGCAAGAAGGCGGCGGCGGAGAGGAAGCAGGAGGAAGAUUCGAGGGGGGAGGAUGUGGGGGCGAAGAUGGAAGGGGUGGAGGGAUGGCCGUCCUCGGAGCGGCCGGAGUUCUUGAGGCAGUUCUCGAGCAAAAGGUGGGCGCCAACUCUGGGCACCAUAGUGGAGAAGAGCAUGGAGAAGAAGGUGCCUCACUGGUUGCUCUAA